ACAAAAGAAAUAGAGAGAGAGAGAGAGAGAGUGAAAAUUAUAAUGAGGCCUACAAGCAACUCUACAACAGCUGCUGCUGCUGCAGGAUUUUGGCAUUGGAGCUCUCCUAUCCCUUACCUGUUCGGUGGGUUAGCACUGAUAUUGGGUAUUAUUGCUGUGGCUUUGAUAAUUCUUGCCUGCUCUUAUAGGAAGUCCCUAUCUAAUGAAUCAACAGAAGAUGGUCAUGAAGAGAAACCAGGUGCUAGGCAAGUGGAAAUAAUGGUGGAUUCUGAUGAGCCAAAGAUUGCUGUUAUCAUGGCUGGCGAUGAUAAUCCUACUUUCUUGGCUAAGCCUAAGCCUAAGCCUAAGCCUAAGCCUGAGACUGCGCCCGAGCCUCAGCCUGCUGUUUGCAACUGCCAGAAAAAAGAACAAGUUUAAGCUCUCUUGAUUUCCUUUCUUUUAGCUCCUUUAGGCUUUUUUUCUUUAUCAUUUUUGGUUCCGGUUCUUGUUUUGCGGGAAAAAUGCUAUGUAAAAUAAUGAGUAUAAAGAGGAUGUAUGACAAUUUUGAAGGAGAAACACAGAAAUUAAUUAAUUCUAGUGAUUUUGAAUCAGUUUUGAAA